CAGAAGGAUACUUAUGCAUAUAUAAGACCGACCUAAGAGUAGCUUCAUCAGUAUCCAUAGCUCACGGAACUCGAGCUUCAGAUUCAACCGUGUAGGGUAGUUUUUAAGGGUGCCAUCUUUAAAUCACUCAAAAUGGAACUGAAGUGCGUUACCGUCAUUUUCUGCAUAUUGGGUGCUACUGCUAUUGCUCUUGCAUCAGUAGAAGAACCUCCGAAAUGGCCCCCAGUUUAUAUAGUUGAAGGCAGUCUCCAUGUUCCCACCAGUGAUAUUGAAGAACCUUUUAAAGCGUGGUAUGACUCCAUUGCUGGUCGCUCCCGCAUCGAUUACUACGGAGGAACAGUGAAAACUUAUCAAGUACCUGGUCAGCCUCAUGGAGAGAUCGUACAUAUUGAAGUGAUGCCAGUGAGUAAUGGAACAGUGAACAUUAUGCAUCAGUUCUACGUAGAAGACCCAGGAACUCUUGACAUUCAACCAGCUCUACCAGAAACAAAAAAUAUGGAAUUUGCUGGUAGUGAAACCUUCAUGUCAGUCGAAUGUGAUCGAUACACGAUGAAAAUAAAGGCGGGGAAUAAACUGGAGAUUAACACAUUGUGGGUGCAGUACAUUAAUCCUGCAAAUCAAUCAACCUUACGUGUUCCAGUCCCUAAACGGUUUGAUAGGAAAGUCUAUACGGACUAUAAUGUUUUUGAACAUUUUUACAUCGAUUAUUACUACCUUGAUCCAGGUCAUAUUCCAGCGGAUGUUUUUGAAAUCAGUAUAGAAAAAGAUGGACAAAUUCUCAAUUCAGGACUCGACUUCGGUAUCAAUCCCAUGGGGAACUACAUUCAAUAUGAUAGGGAUCAUCUGAGCCGGAGAUUUCAACAGUUCCUGUUUGAAUACAAUAAAAGUUAUACAACUGCAACGGAAGCUGAAUACCGCAGAGAUAUCUUUUACCAGAACCUCCUCUACAUCCAAUCGAAAAACCGGGCCAACCUAGGGUACACUUUGGCAGUAAAUCGUUUCGCUGACUUAACACAGGACGAAAUGAAGGCUUUCCAAGGUCGUCGGCCUUCGACCAGGCCCAAUAGUGGAAAGCCAUUUCCCUACCAAAGAAACGAGGUGGAAGGUAAUUUCCCGGAACAGUUGGAUUGGAGAAUAAGCGGAGCUGUAACCCCAAUAAAAGAUCAAUCGAUGUGUGGGUCUUGUUGGGCAUUUGGGACUGUAGGUGCAGUGGAAGGAGCCUACUUCAUGAAGACAAACAAGUCGCUUCGGCUGUCGGAGCAAGCUGUAAUGGACUGUUCUUGGGCCUAUGGACCGCGUGGAUGUUUCGGUGGCUCUGAAGUGGAUGCUCUCUCCUGGAUAAAAGCGGUUGGUGGAAUUCCGUCGGACGAGGAGUAUGGACCCUAUCUAGCUAUGGCUGGAUACUGUCACCUAUCAAAUAUGACUUUGAGGGUUCCUAUUGCUGAUUAUUAUAUCGUUCCUCGCAACGACCCAGAUGCACUUAAAUUCGCUCUAUUCAAACAUGGACCAGUGGUAGUUGGUAUCGAAAGCGCAAAGAUGGAUUUCUCGUUCUAUAAAAGUGGGGUCUAUUCAAGUGGCUGUUCAAAUAUGAUAAAUCAUAAUGUUCUUGCCGUGGGUUAUGGGGUCUUAAAUGGAAAACCAUACUGGUUGGUGAAAAAUUCAUGGGGAAUAGACUGGGGAAAUGGGGGCUAUAUAUUAAUGUCCGCAGAAGGGAAUACAUGUUGUAUUCUACGGCAACCAGUUUAUGUUACUAUGUGAUGAAAUAGUAAAGGAAUCAUUGUGAUUAGCAGCGAAUUAAAUAAAAUCAAAAUUUUAAAAGGAA